AUGGGGAGUAAGUUUAGGGUUCCAAUUAUUAGUUAUAGUAGUUUAAACGAUCUGAGCAGCGCUCUCUCAUUUCGACUUUUCAAAACGAAUUAGCGUUUUUUAUCAAGAGUCUUGAUCAAAAAUGUUUGAAGAAUGCGCGCAAAUGUUUUUGAAAACUUCUGAAAACAAAAGCUGACAUUGCGUGAUUCCAUGGAGGGGAACAGACUCCGAGAGUACUGUAAAAAUAGUGUCUGGUGUGUCUGUUUUGCGAGAAAUUGCUGUGGAAUCUGUUAACCUACAGUGAAUUCAGCAUAAAUGAUUAAUUAAUUUCGUUUUGUUUUAAGGAAAAGCAGCCAGAACGGUGGUCUAUAAUAAAAUUGUUUUUUACCAUUAGAAUAAGUUUUCUCCCCGCCUACCGUAUUUCUGUUUUUGCAUCAAAAUGUCCGUUUUCUCGGUGAUCUCUUCAGAUUCCGAUCGAGCAUCCCAUUCCCCAGAUAUUCAUAUCGCGAUCAUUUCCGAUUAGUGCGAUUAAAUAUCUGAUUGACACAUUCUUUGAACGCAACAAACAAGGUGUUCAAGUGCAAGAUUAGGAUGCCCCUUUUUUAGAGAUUCAGAUUUAUAAAAUAGUAAACAAAUUUGCAUAUUAGUGAUGAAUAGGCUGGGAAAAUAAGUUCAAGGACAAAGUAAAGGAACCCAAGGGAUCAUCUGAACAUUGACUUUAAGCAUUCUUUGCAGGAAAGCAGUACGAAAUGUGUAGUCGGUAACUGUGUUAGUCUUCGCACAAAACAAUACUAUUCGAUUACCGUAUUCAUUCAACACGUUCAUAACAGUCUCCUUUACUGUAGUCUAAUUGUCGCAACUCUCCAUCCCUUAAUUAUAUUAUACUUGACCUUUUUGUAACUGACCAUUUAAAUUAUUAUUUCCGUUUCAAUCUGGCGUCCAUUCAGUCGCAUACUGUAAUUAUUAUGAGUCCAUUCGUAAAUAUUUUUUAUUUGGGCCAAACCCAAUUUGAUUUAUUCAUUUAAAUCAAUAACUUCUUUACACCCUGGGAGCCGAAAACAAUUCCGAUUUUAUUUUUAUUCUUUCGGCAUAUUUAUGAAAACUGUUAUGACUCCAGAAGGCGGUACGGUAGCACUGGAAGAGAGGACCUUCAGGAUUUAUGUAUUUUAUGACUCGGCCUGGGAUCUUAAAGAGGUCGGAGAAGCGGGAAAAGUGGGUAUUAAACUGGAGGGAAGAACUUCCUUUAUAAUUGGACUAGAUUUUUCUGAUAUUUUUUUUAUAUUUACUAGUCCGUCUGGAAUGUCAUUGGAGUAAUUUUUGGCGUCCGCACGGUGCAAAAAAAGUCAGGGUGCGAACGAUAUCCGAAAAAAGCGAAUCGCACUGUGCAAAUCGAACUUUUGUUUUCUCACAGUGCAUGUCGCCGAAACCGCCCCAGCGACGGGCUAAUAUAUAUACUUUCGAAAAUUAGAAAUGCAGGUGAAAUCUGGCGUUGUUUUUGAAACCCCAAUGCCUCGGGAUAUCUGAUUUUCUUUACGCCGUUUAUCAAAUAUUUGUUUAUGUAGUAAUUUGAGAUGUUUAUGAAAAUAUUUUCGCUUUUCUGGAUCUCAGGGAAUACGGUAAUCGUGAGUCGUCAAAGAUUUAAUCGGUGAAUUCGACCGUUAAAAAACUUAAAAUUAAAAAAAAAUAAUCGAAGAAGGAAGCUCAAGGCCCUUCAGCUCACUUCAGUAUCACCUCAGAGAUCGUUUCUAAAGUCCCCAUCUCUUUUUUGUAUCCAUUAUUUAAGCUUGCCGGGUAUAAUCGACCAAAUAAUUAGCGAUUCGCGGAUUACCGAUCAUUACAUAAAAAGCAUUUAAGUGGAAAGAUCGCCAUUCAAUGGCCAAAACAUAUUGAAUGCCCGGGAUUAUCCCCCUUUUGGUGGUGUUAAUUGUCCGAAUACGGUAUUCCAAAAAAGACCUGCACUUAUCACCGACUUAAUCGUGCUUUCUUCUCGCCAACUUACAACACUAUUAAUUUAGUUUCUCGUUUUUUAAGUCGACCAAUUAUUUAUUUGCCUUAUCAGCGUCAAAAUUUCCAAAAAACUGGCGCCGAUUCUGUCCGACCGCACUCCACCAGCUACUCCAAUAAUAUUAUUCUUGGCCUUAUCAGCCCCGGUUCCUGUGAGUGCACCGUUGAUUGAAGGGCUCAUAAAUCUUGUCUUUCUGGCUGGCCUUUUUUCGGCUAAAUAUAUUUUUUGUUUCUUUGGAUAUUUGAAAUACCUCAGAUUCCGUCUUUUUCAAUCCAUUGGUCCGUUUACUAGAAGGGGGCGGAGCUUAACAGGUUUCAACCAAUCAGCGAAGAGAACGGGAAAAGGGGCGGAGUGGGUACCUUUGAGCUACGAAAAGAAGAGUAACAUCAGGCUUCCCAAAUAUUUCCUUUUGGUUUGUAAACUUUUAUUUUUCGGUCAUUUUGAUUUACAUAUCUCGGGGUUACUGUAAUGUCGGAUAUCAGAUUCUGUGUAAUUGUCACGAGGGUUUGAUUAAUGGGUUCUAAUUUUCGCCUUGGGCUCUCUCUUAAUUGUCCGCGUUACUUUUAUUUGUAUUAGAAAAGAUUUGUUUUUUCUUUAUCACUGAAGUCGCCGACGAUGUAUAAUCAGACGUCAACACUUUUUACCGCGUCAAAUAAUCAAGUUUCUGGUCUGCGUAGAUCCAAAAUAUUAAGAGUACUAAUCAGCUGAAUAACGGAAAUAACACGAAACGGUUUUUGAAUUCUUGGUAGCCGUUAAGAGUAGUCUUAUUGUUAGACUUUGUCAAAACAUUUCCCCCUCAAUCUCAACAAUUUUCUUUGGAUGUUUUCAAGUUAUGGAAACGAAAAAAACUUUGGAAAUUGGAGCGAUUCACCGUGUUUUGAAUGGUUUUUGUUAAAGUCAAAGAAGUUUUGUCGGGUGCAAAUUGGCGACGUCGCAAAGGUCGCUCCAAUUGGCAGUGCAAUUCUUUCUCAUUUUACGGUAUUCGGCAGAGUGAAGUGGCUGGGUCAUUGAUUUAUGCAAAUCUCAGAGUUUAGUAUUUUAUUUUUUAUUUUUUUCGUCCAGAUUUAUUAGAUUUCUCAUUGAUUGAUCCCAAUUUCAACAUGUUUUAAUUUUCGAUCGUUGAUUUGUAAAGAAAACUUUUGUCUCUUCUUGGCUUUGUUUGAUUCGAAAUGUGGCCAAACGGCCAAUGGCGGCCCAUCCCAACUGCACUUUCUCUUUUCGGCUUGUCAAAAUGUUUGCCUUCGAUUUGUCUUUCUCAAUGUCAUUCCCCUUAGAGAGGGGCCGGGGGUGGGGGUGAUGAGCCCUCAGGCUCUCUUAUCACUAAUCACUGCUCUCCGCUUCUCGCCUCAAGGGAAAGACGAAUUGCGCAGUUUAAGCAAACAAAGGUUACGGUAACUUAUUACAAGCCAUUCAACGUCUCUUACAAUUAUAAAAUUUUGCGAGAAAGCUUGAUGAUUACCAUUUGACAUUUUCAGAGGUACUUCCGGAGUCAAUUCGAAUACAAAAUGCACUUCUCAAUGGAAGAAAUACUCCGAGAUGCCUCGAUAAAGAUGGCCCCACCCUCCAGAAAACGAGCCCAUCCCAUCGAAACCUCUCCUCAAUCAUCCACGACCAGUGAUCCCAAGCCUAGUCCUAGCGCUUCUGUCGAAAGAGACAACUCUCACAGUCCAGACCCUGAGGCUAAAAAACCAAAAUUGGUCAUGAAAGAGUCAGAAUGGACAAAGAAUGGAGCCAAACACGUUGAAGAAGUGCCCAAGGAGACCAGUCAAUCACCCGCUCCAGAUUCCUCGACCAAAGAUCUAUCCCUGGAACGGCCAAGCACAUCGUCCUCAUUGGGUUCGGAAGAUGAGGAAGAAGGGUAAGACGGACUUUUAUUUAUAAAGGAGACCGCGGUUAUUAAGUCUUUGUCGCGAUUGGAGGAGCGACGAAACAGGAGAAGUGGAUCCAGGGAAACAUUAUUUUAAUUGCUUUAAAUGGGAUUAGAGCUCCCAGGAGAAGAAAAGGGACUGAAAACACUGAUAAUGAUGAUUGACAAACGCUUAAAAUAGAAUCCCAACUGUGCAGUCAAUACUAAUCAGAUCUUAUCUGUUGCAGAGGAAAGAACAAUUCGGCGAUGAGAUCGAAAUCCCGCCAUCAGAAGCCGGCCAUGAGUUACAUCGCUUUGAUCACCAUGGCCAUUAUGAACUCCCCUGAUAAGAAAAUGACCUUGUCCCAGAUCUGCGAAUUCAUAAUGGGCAAGUUCGAAUACUAUAGAGAGAAGUUCCCUCAUUGGCAGAACUCCAUCCGACAUAAUCUUUCCCUCAACGAUUGCUUUGUAAAAAUGCCACGGGAACCGGGGAAUCCCGGAAAAGGAAACUACUGGACACUAGACCCCAAUGCCCAAGAUAUGUUCGACAAUGGAAGUUUUCUGAGGAGAAGGAAGAGGUAAGUCUAUUUUUGAGAGUUAUUUAUUAAAAGGAUAUUGAUUAAUGUAAUUCGUAUUUUAGAUUCAAAAGAGAGCCAGUCCAGCCAAGUAUGAUGGGUUUCCCCUUUCCGCCAUCCCCGUUCUUCCCUCCAAUUCAGAUGAAUCCGUUCUCUCUUCCUCAACCAAAUCCAGCUGCAAUGAUUUUAGAUCAUCAGAUGAGAGCAGCGAUGUCAGCCAUGCAAUCUCAGAUGUCCGGCUAUCCUUAUCCCAAUCUUCUUAUGAAUCCGGAGUUCCAAUCUCAAUUCCAAUCCAAUCAGAAGGCGUUGUCAAUGAUGGCCAAUGUCCUUGGCCAGAAGCAGGUCUCUUCGCCGGCCUCUCCUGCUCCGAGUAAAUGA